GGGCGCUGAGUGUUCCUGUGGGAAAGUGUGGGCGUCUUGAGCGUGUGUACGGCAUGUUAUGUAUGCUGAGUGGUCUGUGUGCUUUGUACUGUGUUGUGUGUUGUCCAGGUCUGCAAACACUGAGAGACCCCUGCUGCCCUGAGGGACACCGCAUUGUCAGCUGAACUCGUCUCCAACUGAAGUUUGAACUCGUGCAGUUUUGAAAGACCACAGGCAGCAGUUCACCGAAGGCCCAAAGGACUAAUAAGAGGUGAUCAGGUGCAAGGUUUUUAUUGGCUUGAAGUGAUGCUUUGGAAAAAUCAGAAUUGCUGUUCUUGAGGAGUGGAUUGGUGAUGAUAGGGAGGAAGGACUUGUUCUAGAUAUUUACAUUAUUUUUCAUCCACUUGACUGCCUCCAAAACUCCCAGUUCCCCACAGGCCCUUACACUUGUUUGGCAGAGUGUGGGGAAAUGAGCGGGAGAUAAGAUGGCUUCAGUUGAGGAUCUUGGCAUGUCCUGCUCACAGGAGGAUAGUGAAGGAAACACAAAGCAACUCUUGUAUUCAGAAUCUAGCAAAGAAAGUUCAGGUCAACACACUACUGAUGAAAGCAAUGAUAUGACACUCUCAGCUUCAUCAAAUACUUCCAGUAAAUGUGACUCUAAUCAAGAUUUAGAAGGCACAGAGAAAUCCAUAGACAGCACACAUGUCAGUGGAAAAACAAGAAAGCCUAAAGUCAAAGUGGUUACAUCACGAUACAAGGCCUCCGCAGUAUCACGGACCAACACUAUAAGUAACAACAGCAGUGGUAGCUCUAGCAGUCAGAGCAGGAGCUGGUCAAAUGAAACCAUUAAUGCAGGUCCUUCUGUGAGCAAGAAGCAGAUCCAGAAGUCCAAACUUAUCAGAGGCAAGCCAGAAGAUUUAUUAAGAACAAAGCCAAACAUACCAGGGCAGUCAAUAUCUACAACUCGGCAAGCUGCCCCACACCAACCAGGAUCCCAGCGAAGCAUAGCUUCAAAACCUAGAUCAGCAAGAGUUGGUGCCAGUAAGCCUAGCAAGUCUGGAGUGGUUACUAGCAAGGACAUCCUUCACUCCACAGCUCUAAACACAACCUUAAUGGCAGAUGUGGCGAGUGGAAAAAACAACAGUAUGCUGAGCUCAACAAUUGUCAGUGGUGUUACUCCAGGAGGUUUUAAGCAUAAUUCUGGAAGAGCUGCAUUGCUUGAGCUUCCAGAUAUAUCAGUCAUCAGACCAGAGGGAAACAACAGUGGAAACAGAACUGUUCUUUCAUCAGUAAGCGAGGAGGAACCUCAAAAUUAUUUUGAUGCCAACACAUUAGCUGAAGUGACCCCAGAGAUGCUAGAACAAGAGUACAUGAAAUAUCUUCAUUGGGGAUAUGUAGAUGUUAGCAGUAAAAAGGCAUUUACUCUUCAGCUCAGAGAAAUGCAGAAACAAAUUGCUUUCUUAGAGCAUUUAGUCAGUGAGAAGCAAGAAGAAGUUUCUGAAUUGAAGCAGAAAACUGACAUCCUUGUGCACCACCAACGGGUCAGUGAGGCUUAUGAUCUGCAAAUGAAACUUCUCGAGGCACUUGGAAAUGACCUUCCAGCAUGUGAAGAAGCAGAAAGGGUUAUGGAGAGAGAACUUGAGAAAAAAUUGCACCAGAUCAAGAUGGAAAAUAUAUAUGUUCCUCAAGACCAUGCCCAAUACAGAGAUGAAUUGUCAGAUGCUCUCAAUACGCAAGUGUCAUUACUGCAAAACCUUGAAAACUUGAUGGAGCCCCAGACACAAAAAAGAAACUCAACCAUUAAAUUGGUAGCAGACCUCCAGAAUAUUACUGAGCGUGUCCUAAGAUGUGAGAAGGAAAUGCAGCAUGCCGCAGGAAUGGCAGUAGAAGAAGCAUCCCAUCAACUUGGAGCCAAACAAAUGGCUCUUGCCAUUGAAUGCAAUAAGUAAACCCCAGUGGGUGAGUGGGGAGAAGGAGAAGGUUGGUGUUUACUAUUAUACCUUGGGAGUGAGAGCCUGGUGUUUUGGUUACAGACUCCACAGCAAUGCUUUUCAUCUUGCUAACUGCAUCUGCACAAGAUCUACUUUAUUGUAUCCAUAUUGUAUUCAUCCAAAUGAUGCAGGAAUCAAAUAUAGUAUGUAUUUUCAA